UCAAUUGCCCAAUCCUAUUGUUUGGGAAAAUCAAAGUUCCUUUUUAGUCUCUUUUCCUCUACUCUCUUUUUUAAAAAAAUCAGUGCUAAACUGAGCGAAGCAGCUGAGAGUCCCUUUGGUGGACAGAAAGAAGCCUUGGACCUGGAGAGCCAAGCAAGGACUGUGCAAGUAAAGUGGCCUUUUCCCUUCCCUGACCAUGGCAUUUUGGUUUUGGCCUCUCUUGGUGUUGCUGAGCACAGAGAGUGCAAGAGCUGAAGAUCCAGGAUUCAAAGCCUGUAGACUUCAAGGGCUCAGUGAAAAGGUACUAGAAGUCCUACCUGGAGGUGGUUGGGACAACUUACGCAAUGUGGAGAUGGGCAAGGUCAUGACCCUCAAUUACUCCCAAUGCCAGACCACUGAAGAUGGUGAGUACCUCAUUCCCAACGAUGUCUUUGUGGUGCCCCUCAAGAAGAGCAUAAUGGAGAUUCACUCUGAAAUUAUUGAAGACUGGCUGUCCUACACUGAUGCAUUUUCCGAAUCCAUCAAUGCUGAGGCUUCCUACCUCACCGUGCUCAAUGGCAGGUUCUCCACUGGUUCCCAAGAAACGAAGACCCACAAUGUCUAUGAUGAGACAGUCACCACAAGAGUGCAAGUACGGCAUCACGUUUACUCUGUGAAAGCUCAACCAUCCCUCACUUUCCACAAGGACUUCCGUCAUCAGCUUGUGAGCAUAGGCAACCAGUUGGAGAACAACCAGAGUCGGAUUGCUGAGUAUAUGGCAGAAAUGCUGGUAUUAAGCUAUGGCACACAUGUCCUCACAGGUGUGGAGGCUGGAGCGUCCCUGAUACAAGAAGAUCAGGUGAAAAAGAAGUUUUUCCUAGACAAUGAUGCUCAGAAAGCAAGCAUCACUGCCUCAGCAUCUGUUACUUUUUUCCACAAAGUCAAUGUGGGAAUUGGGACCUCCAUGGAAGUUCUGAGUAAUAUGACUAAGGAGUAUCUGGCGAAUACAGUAAAUUCCAAAUUGGAAAGCCGGGGCAGCGUGCCCUUCUAUCCUGGCAUCACCCUCCAGAAAUGGCAGGAGAGCAUCCCCAAUAGUUUAGUGGCGAUAGGCAAGUCAGGGCUUCCUCUGCCAUUUUUCAUCACCCCUGAUGCCUUACCUGAAUUGCCGGAGCCUACAGUUUAUCGAGUGGCCACUACAGUGGAAAACGCUAUCCGCCUCUACUAUGCAAUCAACACCCACCCAGGCUGCGUUGAGCCCAGCUCAAAGAAUUUCAACUUCCAGGCCAAUGUGGAUGAUGGCUCGUGCCAAAAUCCCAGCACCAAUUAUACUUUUGGUGGAAUCUUUCAGGAGUGCCACGGGGUUUCAGGACAGGACCCAGAAGAGCUUUGCAAGGCUUACCGUAUCCAGAACCCUUUGACGGGCAACUACUCUUGCCCACAGAACUAUUCGUCUGUCCUGCUGCAUGAAGAGCAACGUACAGCCAACCAGCCAAAGAUGGAGUGUCAUCAGGAGUGCCACACUUGCUGGCUUGUGUUUAAGUGCUGCAAGAAGGUGUGUGGCAUCCGCUACUACCCCAGCACAGUGAAGUUCUUUGCUUAUUGGUGUGCUGCCACAGGUCCAAUAGCUCAGAGCACUGGAUUUCUCUUUGGAGGACUCUACAGUCCCGGGAAUGAGAACCCAGUUACUAGCACCUAUACCUGUCCAGCCUACUUCUUCCCCUUGGUUCUGUUUGAUAAUCUGAAGGUGUGCGUCAGCAAUGACUAUGAGAUGGGCUCCCGCUUUGCGGUGCCUUUUGGUGGCUUCUUCAGCUGCCAGUCUGGCAAUCCUCUGGCAGGCUUACGGAAGGGGCAGAGCCCUGGCAUCCUCCAGGAUUUUUUCUAUCAAGAUUCUCCUACUAAAUACCCCAUGAAAUGUCCAGCUGGGCAUAGUCAACAUAAGGCGUAUUUGAGUGACGGCUGUGAAAUUCUCUAUUGUUUGCAGGCAGGGACACUUUUUGCUCAGCAAUUGGCUCCCAUCAAGCUCCCCCCUUUUCUGCGCACACCGUCCCUAAAUGGCAGCCUUUCUGAAACGAUCCUGGUGAGCACCGAAGGUAGCCAAGCCUGGGUCAAAAUACAGCAGAGUGGGAGCUGGAGGUUGGCCAAUGGCACAGAUGGGAAGGAAAUAGCUCUUCUUUUCCAUGGAAAUGAGAGUUUGAAACUAGCAGGUGGGGCCAUUGCUGGGAUUUGCAUCGCAGUGAUGGCAGUCUUGGUUAUUGUUGUUUUUAUUGUGUUCAGAAUUCGGCGCUACAAGAUGAGAGGCUACCAAGAGCUGAUAAAUGAGCACCUAGUCAAUGAUGGCAGUAACUACAGAACCGCAGAAACACCUCCAGAAUUUAGUGCUGCCUAAAACUUCUUUUCAUCUAUUCUUUGAAGUUUAAUUCCAAUUAUGGGGAGUUGAAUCUGGGAAGCAGGAGAGGCAGAAUAAUAAUGGAGAGCUGCGUAGGAUAGGGGAAGUAAACAUUAACUAUGGGUGUACAUAAAAAAGUUUAGCCUGUCGAUCAGAAAAGGCAGUUCGGUGGUUCAAAUACCUAGAAUAGGUCUCCUGUGUGAGCAGGGGGUUGGACUAGAUGACCUCCAAAGUCCCUUCCAACUUUGUUACUGUUACUGUUUGACCAAAAUGAUGAUAAUCACCUUCCAGGCAAAAUAAUUUGCUUUGAAUUGAGUGAAUACAGGUAAUUAAUAAUUCACUUACCUGAAUACAGGUAAAAUAAGCAAUCUGAGAGAAAUCAGUUGAAAGAUCUAGGCUUUAUCCUGUAUGUCAAAUUACCUCAAUGAAAGGAAAUGAAGUCAGAUGUAACAAUAUAGCUUUUUGUUUGAGCAACUGUAGUUCUGUAUCUGAAAGAGAAUAAGAUUACACUGACAAGACAAGAUAGGAAAGAACUUUAAAGUAAUUUUAGCAGACUGAGACAUGAUUUAGAGCAAGAACAGCUCUUUCUGUAAUGUACUGAGAAUUCAUUUAUAUGUAAGGGGAUUUAUUUUACUUUUAUUGCACCUUGACAACCCUCACUUGAUACAUUUUUAAAAAGCAGACGAGCAACAAUACCAAGUAGAAGUAAGCUUCCUUUGGCAGUUGCUCAAAAUUCUUUGUCAGUCUAAUAAAUUUUGUUGUUUAGAAAAAAGACUUUGACCACUUAGGUGAUGAUUUUUCAUCACUUCCUUAUGAAAUUAGCCCUAAUUGGUAAGAUUGAAAUAACUGCUUUAAUUCCUGGAAACGUAUAUGGGUUUAUCAACAUAUUAAAGUAU